AUGAUCACCGCCGCCCCCGCCCCACGACGCAUCACCAACAGCGCUACGCAGUCCUACUCUCAACAACUAGCCGCCUACACUAUGCGCCAGCGUGCUGAGGCUCAAAGCGCACUCGAACUAUCACCCGAGGAGGACGCACGCCUGCUUGCAUCUAGGCUCGCUCGCGCACAUUCGCCCACCGACAAACUCCGCGCUGCAAGGGCGCGCGCACGCGGUGAAUCACCACGACGCGGCUACGGCUUCUAA